CCACGACGCAACUAUGUAUGGCUUUGGCUCCGAUGGCGUACUUCUCGGAGGACCAAUCAGUAACCUGUCGUUGUUCAUGGAUACACACGGUGCCGCCCCCCACAUCACCGCCCAUAGCGACAUCAUUUCGAUCACGCCAACAACAGCUGUAGUCAAGGUCGACAUGGAGAGAGAUGCUGCCGGCGUCAACUACACAGACAAUCACACGCUCCUGAAACAAGACGGAAAGUGGUUGAUAAUCGCAAAAGUGUUUCAUGCAUGGGAGGCCUGAAAAGCUAAGAUGGUACUCAC